CCUUUGUCUGCACUUCAUUAUUUCCCCAGUAAAGGCCACGUCUGCCUCAGGCCAGCUGUAAUUUGGUUAAUCCACCAAAAGGCAAAAGGGUAGCCAGACGACUCUGCAGCUGCAUCUUAUGAAAAGAUGGAGACCUUUGUCUUUAUAUUUUCAUUUUCUGCCCUUGGUAUUCUUUAUGCCAUGAACACCAUCCCAGAGUUUCAAGAGCCAUAUGUGAUCCUGGAGAUCGGUGUUGCUGUCUUGGUGAUUGUAUUUCUGUUCUAUUUCCUCAUCACUCGUGGCAAUCCACCAAAAGACCUCUUAUUCUUUGUUUUUGCAGAAUUUUCCUUUACCUGUGUCAUUGACCUGACAAGUGCCUUGGAGUAUGAUGGCAUUAUCUCCGGCUUCAUGGAAUUCUACCAGAAAACAGGGGAGCCCUAUCUGGGAACACCUUAUGCCAUCAUGAUGUGUUACUGGGACGGAAUAGCGCAUUUCAUCAUGUACUUGGUAAUGAUCAGCAGGAUAACAGACAGGAAAGCCUACCGAACCAUUGGCUUGUUCUGGGCUGGCUCUUUGUGUGCCAACAUGAGUGUGUUUAUUUCUGGGAUAGUGGCAGGUAAAUAUGGGUCAGAGAUCAGACCGGCUUUCUGGCUAAACUUUCUCUUCCUGCUGAUGCCUGUAUGGGGAGCUGUCACACUAUUCACCAGGCCCAAGGACAGACCACUUAUUGGUGGAUAUAACGCCCAGCACGCUCAGAGCAUGAAGCUGAUCUGGCGUCCCCUGGAUCUGAUCCUGGUGGUCCUCCUGUUCGGCGCUAUUGCUUUCACCAUCCUCAGGGGCUUGGUGGCUCUGGACUCUCCACUUGAAGCCUGCUCCCUCUACCUGAGGCACUAUGAACCCUACCUGAAGGACCCCGUGGGCUACCCCAGAGUUAUGAUGCUGCACUUGUUCUUCUAUGGACUACCGCUGUUAGGUGCCUUUGUUUAUGGUCUCCUCAAGCCUGGGUGCACAUGGAUGACAGACUGGACGAUUUUCUUUGCUGGAGCCAUGACCCAGUGCCAGUGGGCCCAUAUCGGAGCAUCCCUCCACCCUCGUACUGCAUCUCCAUUCCGUAUCCCAGGUGAUGCUUUCUGGAUGGUGCUGGCGGCUAACCUGCUCUAUGCAGUCACUCCUCUGCUGGUGGCCAUGCGGGUCUACAGUAACCCAUAUUUCUUCCUGAAGAUUGCGCCCUUCCCAGGGCAGACAGGUUUACCCAACAGUGAGGAGAAAGACACCAAAUACAAAGAGAAGUAACAUCCUGUCUGGUCUAUGCAGUUAAUGACUUAACUGAUGAUUACUGACAAAUUUUACUUGAGAAUUAAAAAUUUUUUUUCAAACUGCCCAAAUAUAUUGAUUAUUUCACUGAA